GCUACUAUGCAUAUGGUGCAUCUGCUGGUCGUGAAUGGUAUUUAAAUCCGUCGCUGCAGUUCAAAGAUGAUAGUGUUAAUGACGCAGAUCUGGCUUUGCUAACAAAUGUCUUUGAAAGACUGGAAGAAUUACUUGAACAACCGGAAUAUCGUAACUUCACGUGGAUUGGUUCUGGUCUACAGAGACAUUAUGGACAUAUUACAAUUGCUCGUCAAGAUGUCAACUAUUCAGUUCCUAAGCAUCGUUCAUCCCUUUUAUACCAGGCAGUAUGUAAAAUAGUGAAUGAAGUAGAUCCUACAUCUGCAACUCUAGCAUUACGAGAGGGUGAAUUUGAUUUGAAGAUUUUCACGAAAGUAGCGCUGUCAGAAGUUAAUAGUGCGACGGCGAAGAUUUCUGGCCGAAUUUUUAAUAAGGGUCAUGGAAUUCGUUUGAUCAAAUCAAAAAUGGGAUUGAAACUAAAUUGUGGUAAAAUUUUGGUAUGUGGUGACUCUGAAACUGAUUUACCGAUGCUUGAAGAAUGUUUGAUUUGUUCGCCAGCAAAUGUUUAUACAAUUUGGGUCACAACAAAUUCCCAGUUGCAAGAAAAGGUCCUGCUUGGUGCGAUGGCAAAUGCAACCGUGCGCGAAAUCACAAUUCGGCCACAGGGAGAUGAUGAUGACGAUGAAGAAUAA